CUGUACACAUUUGUUGAUGGGACAAAGUUGGCACUGGACUGGAUGGUUGUUUUUGUUGUGAAAGUUGUGAGUGCUUUUGUGAAAACCACAUAAGUUGUGGCAACGAGAGAUGGGCGUAUGCCUAUGCAAGGACAAAAGUAGUAGUGAUAGUGGGCAGGAUGAUUCCGUGGAGACUUUCGAUGGCCCAACCAGCACCCGAAGUAAACAUUCGCUCUCGGAGACGGUGGACCGUCUCAUCCGAGAAACUCUGGACAUCAUAGGGGAGAUUGUGGAAAAUGAACCAGAACCACCUGCAUCUAUGAUGCAGCUGCACGAUAUUACAGAACGCCCCACUGGGUGGCUGCAACUUGUGAAAAGUCUGAUAAAUGUGGUGCCUCUGGAGCACCCAAUGGGGCCCAAUGUGAUUCUCCUGCUGCUGGAUGAUAGCCCUUUGCCAACAAAGGAAUCAAUGCUACAGACAGCCGACAUGAUACCCCAAUUCUCCCAUGGCAGAGGCUUUGCACGGCGCAAUCGGAAUUUUUGCGUCAUACUCGGAUGUUUAGCUGAUAGACUAGCGGGGCCCAAUAGUGUGGCAAUUCUCUCGGAUAAUAUACUAAAAUACCUUCUUGGGAAUCUCGAUGAAGACACAAAUCCCGACGUGAUGCUCUUCUCGUUGAUUGCACUGGAGAAAUUUGCGCAGACAAGUGAAAAUAAAGCAACGAUUAAGCAUAGUCUGAAGCUCCUACCCAAUAAUCCCCUUGUUGCCCUGGAGAGACACAUCAAUUCACGAGAUUUCCUUAUGCGUCAAGUGGGCUUCUGUGCUCGUUGGUGCCUCGACAACUACUUCACGCUUGACACGCGAAAGUACUCGUAUGAAAUGGUUGAUCUCACAUCGGUGAAUGUGAUGCUGAAUACAAAGGACGUGAGUGAGUAUCUCAAAAUCUCCCCGGACGGACUGGAGGCACGUUGCGAUGCGUACUCCUUUGAGAGUGUCCGAUGCACGUUCCAAGUACACGCUGGCUGUUGGUACUACGAGGUAACAAUAAUCACACCGGGUGUAAUGCAAAUUGGCUGGGCAACGAAGGAAUCCAAAUUCCUAAGUCGCGAAGGAUAUGGCAUUGGGGAUGAUCCGCAUUCAAUGGCCUUCGAUGGGUGUCGGCAGUUAAUUUGGUACAAUGCCCAAUCAAUUACGCAUGAUUUUCCCCGAUGGCAGGCCGGCUCCACGCUUGGGUGCCUCCUUGAUCUCGACAAUCAGGAGAUUGUCUUCAGUCUCAAUGGGGUUGAGAGUAAAGUGUUCAAGCAGGUCUUUAGGAGUGUCAAGGAAGGCUUCUUUGCUGCUGCCUCCUUUAUGUCCUUCCAGCAGUGUCGCUUUAAUUUCGGUGCCACACCUUUUCGUUUCCCGCCAAAGCAACGGGGUGACGUGAAGAAUUUCAAUGAUUUUGCACACCUUAGUCCGCAUGACAAAAUUGUCCUGCCACGUCAUAUCUUCCUGGAUCAACUGAGGCGGCUCAGUGUCAAAGAAGACUCGUGCUCUCUGUGCGUAGAUGAAAAGGCUACCGUACAAAUUGAGCCAUGCAAACACAGGGGAUUUUGCAGCAAAUGUGUCACACAACUGAGAUUCUGUCCAAUGUGCCGAGGAGAAAUACUCGAUACAAUUCAAGAGACAUCUUCAGAAGGGGUUUAACAUUGCGCCCAAAUGCAACUUUUGGUGGAACAAAAAAAAAGGAAAUAUUUAAUAUAUUCCCUAAAUAAAAAAAAAGGAAACCUUCUCUGUGUCUUAGGAGAAGAAAACUCUGUACAUAGUUUUCUGUUUUGCUCUUUUUUCUAUUCUUAAGAAAACUUAUGUAUUGAGUUGACCAUUGAAACAGAUUGAUUGCAUUGUAAUAAGAGAAGAAAUUAAAAAAAAAAAGAAUGGGAGAUUUAUAAAAUCAAGAAAAAAUAAUUUUUUAACGCUGUUGAGGCAUUCUCUUUGUGUGGAAGAAAAAUAAUAUAUAAUUAUAACAUUUUUUUCUCUCUUUUGAUGUUUUUUUUUUGGUAGAUAAUACAACGAUUUAUGUACAUAUUGUAAACACACCCAUAAUGUAAAUUAUGUAUAGUAAAAUUAUUAAAAAGAAAAUUUACAUCGAUAAAUCAAAAGUA